AUGGCUGCUGCGAAACCCGCCUCGUUCAAGGUCAGUCUCCCUCCGUUCUCUCGAUCUCAGCCUGAAGAGGAAAUGGAAAUGGUUCUUCACGCCGGUGAGUGCGAUAUCUGGUGCGGGAGGUUGGUUGGUGGUGCCUUCGAUGCGAUUUUUUGGUCGGGUGUUUGUCUGUGUUUGAAAAUCUGCUUCCGGUCCCAAGUUCCGGGGAAAAAACAGAAAAUUGUGAUGUAAUGUGCGUGAGUAAAUACAGCUUUCGUGUGAUGAAUCACGAAAUGCUCCUUUUCCAAACGUCAUGGCGAUUACUUCGGGCUUCGGCUUCCGAGUUUCUGAUAAUGGGUGUUUUGGAGGUUGGCGGGAAAUCAGUGGAGAAAGCGAUUUUAUCUCUUUCUUCAUCGUUUUCACGAAUUAGUCGCUCGCCAAAUGUUCGCUGACACACUGAAUGCAUUACGCGAGAAAGAAAGUUGUUGCCGAGAGAAGAACAAUGCGGUUCCUGAUGAACUUUUGGAAGCUAAGAUAAUUUAUAAGAUUCACAUUUAAUGCCGUGUUUUCUUAGAGUAUUACAUGAUAAUGUGAAACACGAGCUGGUAUUUUAUUGCCGUCCUUCUUUCUGAUAGUUUGGUGGAUUUUCUGUCACAGAUAAUCUUGGGAUCAAAAUCAGUUGCACGCCGAAAGAUCUUGGCUGACAUGGGAUAUCAAUUCACAGUCAUGGUUUAUCUCUUUCUCCCCCUCAUCCACUAUCAAAUACCACGACUGACCAUCUAUGCAUAUGCUAAUUCUUGCUUAUGUGUACAUUGGAUUGCAUAUACGUACCCUCAUUUCUUACUCAAUCCUAAUCUCUUACAUGAAAUCGAUUGUUUUGGACUAGACCGCAGACAUUGAUGAAAAGGGUAUAAGGAGAGAAAACCCAGCGGAAUUAGUGUCAGUUCUAGCCAAGGCAAAGGUAUGAAUUUCUCUCCGAGAUAACUCUCUCACAAAUCAAAGUUUAAUAGAGUUUUUCGUGUCUUAAUUUUUUUAAAUGGCAUGUAUUGGUGUCAAAUUUUCAGUAAGGGGUAACUUUGUAGUUUCUACUCGUUCACUACUUCUCUACCUGCGAUAUCUUUUUCAUUUGUAUUUUCCUAGUACCCUACACUUAGUCUGGAACAUUUUUAAGCGUUGAAAGCUCCUUAAAGACUAUUUUAUCAUGUGCUAGAGUCAUCUAAGCACCCCAAAAGCCCUAACAUUUCCAGGGCAUGUCCGCUGCAUAUUUUCUUCGAUUUUCUUUCACCAACAUUGUAUGUAUGAUCAUACAUAAACUGUUCAAAGUUAUCAUCAUAUCAUUGAUCAGAAAUAUUUGCUCUUAGAUGAAUUUGUAGGCAUGUUUUGAACAAAGGUCUCUAUCAAUUUAUGGUCCCAGUAGUAUCAUGUGCGUCAUGUUAAUGAGCUUUAGAUGAUCCACUUAUCGGUCAUGUGCUUCCUGAAAAAUAAAUGUGGCUGAGAGCCCAUAUAUCCAGUCACAAUGAUCCAGUUAUCAGGGGAGGCCAUCAUACUAGCCGUCAUUAGGAACCCAAUUAACCACCUUUAAAUCAUGCAUAAUUUUUUUUUUCAAAAAUUUUAUUCCUGUGUUGGACCAUCUUUCAGUUUUUUAACAUGUACAUAUCAUUUUUGAUAAGUUGUCCCAAAAGUUUGAACAAACACUUCAAUAACACCGAUAUUUAUCCUUUGAACCUGAAAACCCCAUCAUAUAAAACCCUUCAAUUGUUUGAAUUUUAUGGGCGGAUGAAAGCCAGCUGUACUCCUUCAUUUCUUGAAUAACUUUCAUUGCACCUUCCUUUAAAUGGUGAGUUUUUGAAGGCUGCCUAUAUAUCUUGUCGUAUUUUAAGCGUCUAUAUCAUGUCAAAAUGAGCGUGAAAAGUGUAUUAGCAUUUUCUUCAAGAGUUUGUUUGCCUUGUCUACAGUUUACUUUUUGCCAGAACACCAAAAUUCAUAAUCUCUGGAAGUGAGUUACAACUGCAUCCGUUGCUUCGUUCAUGACCAUGAUUUAACGAGUAAUUCAUUCACCUUGUGACAUGUAGUUUGAAGUCGUUACCACUAUGACAAGGCAUCUCAUUUUAGUUCCUUGGCUACUAAUUUUACCUUCUCUUCUAGAGCAACUUUGUCAUCAAGGAGCCACUCAAUCUUGUGCAACCCGUUUAUAGAAUAUCAAUAUGGAGCUCUCCAUAGAAUGUAGAAAGUUAAUCAUUCAUUUUGCCCUCAUUAUUAUAACGGUUUCUCUAUAUUGGCACUUGUUUACCGCCAAGAAUAAUCAUAUUUUUGUGCCCUAAUACUAUAAUCUUCAUCACUUGAUUACAUUGAUGAAGAAAUCGACAGUUGCUAUAGAAUUUAUCAUCAGUAAAAGUCCAUAGUUGCAUGAGACAGCCUGUCACUUGAUUCCUUCAAGAAGCACGGUAAAGGAUGCGGGAGAACUCGUCUUUAGAAGAGUUCCAAAAUGGUCUGGGAUUUGGGGUUUGACCAUCUGCGGUGAAGAGAGGGAAAUCCCCCAAGGAAGAUGAGAUCCUGUCGCUUGGAUUUGGGCUAUGACUAUCUGUGAUGAAAAAAGGGAAGUCUCCCAAGGGAGACUCGUGCAUUUUGUCAGUGAUGUCAUUCCCUAGGAUAUGCUGUAGAAGAUUGAGAAGGAAGACAUGGGGUGGAGAGGAGAAGCCCUAACAAGGGCCUAGAAAAUAGAAUGACGCGUCAUAUUUGAUCCAGAGGAGAAAAAGUGAAGAUUGAGAUCGAUAAAAGGUUGGAAACUCGAAGGAGUUCUCAGCAUUUUGUCUUUUAGGGAAAAAAUUAGCACAAGAGGAACUCUAACCACCUUGAUCUGUUACGUACCAAUGGAGAGAAGUAAAUUCAAUUAACCACCAUGAAUUGAAUACGUUUUGCUACAUCAUACGUCCUAAUGUGAGCCUAUAGACUUCAUCUUAAAAUGGACGCACUGACAUUGGCGGUCCUAAUAUAGGCCUUUUGGAAUCUAUAUUCUAAUAAACUCAGUUACACAGUGAAAACAGAACUAAGGGAAUAUCUCAACUUAGGGUAGACAACUAUCAGUUGAAAAAUGGGUAAUUGUUUUUCCCUAGUUUCUGUACAUGUAAAUGGCAAAACUUGGAAAGAGUAUUAUAGCAAAAAGAAAGUUACUAUUGGACUAUACAGAAAAGUUCUUCUAUAGUUGUAGCGGUGUGUUGAGGAGAUCGAAACAUAUUUCUAAUCAAAUAUGGAGUUAAGUCGUGAAUCGAGUAAGGACUGUAGGGCAAGCUUACAGCUUCUUCAAUGAAAAUUGAGUGCGAUUUACCCAUACUUGUUUGUCAGUUUGAAAAUCAUCAAAGCCAAACUAAGUUUGAGUUUAGCAACCGGACCCAACUUUUGUGCUUCUGUCCUCAAGCUGUAAAACACUUGUUGUCUAUGAAUUGGAUGGAUUCAUUGGAGCGUGCAUUUAUGUUGUACUCGUACAGAGAAGAUAUGGGAAAUCUUAUAUGAGGCUGGCCAAGUGACCCGGAGCAACACUUACAGCAGGAUCUGUGUCAAGAAACUCCUCCACUACGGGUCUAGUGGGUGAUCAUGUGGAAAAGAUAAUAAAUUUUUGCAGAUGGUCUUGCAUCCUGUCAGAGUUCAGCUUGUUACUGGCAUGGUUUGUUUGGAGACCAUCCCUUUUCCCCCGGCAAUGCCUAAUAGCGUACCAGAAUUCGAUCAAUUCAUGAGUCGGGGACUCAGAGUGAGGUUUUCGUGUUGGUCUCAGGCUGAAUGCAGUCAUAAAUAAUUUAUUCAUACUAUAUCAUAAAAAAACACCUUAUUUUUUUAUAAAAAUCACCAGUUUGAUUAUAAACCUUGUAGUUCUUUCGCAAGGAAAAGUCAUAAACUAUCAUGGCAAUUCCCAGUAAGUUUCUUCUCAUGAUGAGCCUAGUAGAAGAUCAACGUUUGUCUAAAUAUGUUAUGAUGAACUAGACAACCCGUUUUUUUCUGCUCUGUGGAAGGUUUACUUGUUAAAAAAUGCCCCCUCCCCCCCCCCCCAAUUAAAGUCUCUUCAAUUUAUUUCCUCGGUCUUAUUGUUUCAUUUACCUAAUCUUCUUUGAAUUUUCUUGAUCAUCACACAGUUCGUCAUCAUAUUUUCCUCAGAUUCUAGUUUCUUAUUCAGGCAGAUGCAAUCAUAUCAAGACUAAAUAUUGCAGACUACGAAGGGACGGAUAAUGAGCCAACACUGCUAAUCACAUCGGAUAUUGUAUGUCUGAAUUCCUUUUACCUCGUGUGCGUUUUCAUCUAAUAUUUCAUGAAGCAUCAUCAUCCAUUUCAUAGAGAAAAUUUACAAGUCAACGCAGUUCCUAUAUGGAAGAAUAACCCAAAACACGUACAGCCUACAGAACGAGCUUGUAGCAUACUCUUUUCCCUCCCACUGCAUCUUCUUCCCUGUUUACUUCACCAAACUAAUGCCUACUACACCAGAGGAUUCAAGAAAGGAAAGAUUAAGGAUUCCGGAAUAAGGUCCCUUUUACCUGAAGGAAAUCCACUAAAAAAUCUCUUUUUUUCAGUUCUCCUUGUACCCAGGGAAAGAGUGACUAUUACUCUUAUUAGACUUUGUGCCUGUUUUUGGUCAUUUUGAUGGGAUUUUUGGUAGGAAAUCAUAGAGAACAUAGCUGAUUUGCAGGUGGUUGUCCAUAAAGGAAUAAUCAGAGAAAAGCCAUCCAGCGAGGAGGAGGCCUGGGAGUUCCUCAAAGGUCUGUCUGCUUAAUAGUAGCUGGAAUUAGGAAGUUUUUCUCAAGAAUGCUAGAGAUGGUGCUUGCUGUUUUCAGGGUACUCUGGGGGCCACGUUUCAACUGUGGGAUCUGUUGUUAUUACCAACCUAAAGACAGGUGUGAGGAUAGAAGGGUUGGAUACCGCCGAGGUAAUCUCCUAACUCUGUCUAGCUUCCAUCCCUUAUUUGCAGUGAUGGUUUGUAAAAUAUUUCAGGCCCCUGAAAAAAAUUAUAAAUGGUAGUUUGAUGGGAAGAGAGAUUCGAUUUAAUGCAUAACUUUGAGUGGUUUAAAGUUGAGAUAAAAAAAAACAAACACAUUAAUCUUUAUUAUUAUUAUUAUUAUUAUUAUUAUUAUUAUUAUUAUUGAGUAGACACAGGCUAUAGGCUAUUGACUUUAGAUGAUUUAUCCCAAAAACCACAGGUUUAAAGUUUUAUUAUUAUUAAUAUCAUUAUUAUUGAUUUGGCAUAGACUUUAGAUGAUUUAUCGCAAAAACCACCCCAAAACGCUUCUGAUUUCUAAGAAAUAACCGAGCACAUUGCUAUAUGAUCUUGUUAUUCGGUCUGAAUGAGUUGUAACUCACCAAAGCUGAGUAGGGUGUCUUACCUGUUAGUUCAUUAAUUAAAAUGGUCUUUCUCCAGGCGAGAAACCUUUUAAAAAUAAAAAUAAAACCUUAUUUCUUUCUUGAUCGUUUUUACCCAAUAUCAUGUCGUCUGCAUCGUCGCAUCACAUCUCACUAUGGGUAAUCUUCAUUCCCCUGAUCAUUUCUUUGUCAGAGCUUACACUUAAUUGGCAAUGGGCAGGUGUAUUUUCAUGACAUACCUGACGAGAUCAUCGCCAAGCUGGUAAGGAAUUUUGACUUGGUGUUUCCAAGUCAACGGUUGUGGAUUUGAAGUCUUCAGGAAAAAAAAACAUUUUUUUCAAGUGAUUAUGUUCAUAAAAAUCUGGAAUUUUCUUUUUUUUCAGAUCGACGAGCGGGUUGUCUUCAAUGUUGCCGGCGGUUUAUUAUUAGAACAUCCUUUGCAGUUGCCAUUUGUGGAAGCAGUGGUCAGAAUUAUUUAUUUAUUUAUUUAUUUAUUUCUGGAGGCAUUCAUCUCUGUCAGUGAACAUACUUCUGAUGGUAGCGCAGGUAGGAGCCUCCGAUAGUGUGAUGGGGCUGCCGAUGGCUUUAACAGAAGAGCUCAUUCAUCGCUCGGUCGCAUCACAAUCUUAG